CCUACAGACCGCAUGCGGGGCUCUGGAGACGCUUUGACUCAUACAGGCGUCUGUGAUAUGUUGCCCAGUACAACAUGCAGCCGGUGUUGUUGUGUUUUUCAGUCUAUCAAUUGAUAGCCUUGGAUCUUUCGAAUUACCGGGGUUGCUAACAAAUACAAGGUUGAUCUUUCUGCAUAUAAAACUUCCAAGAUGGCUCCUUCAUUCCCUAAGAAGAAGUGCGGUGUUCUCGGUGCCACGGGCUCGGUGGGUCAGCGCUUCAUCCUCCUGCUGGCAGACCACCCCUUCCUUGAGCUUCACGCAAUCGGUGCUUCCGAGCGUUCAGCAAACAAGAAGUAUAAGGAUGCCGUGAACUGGAAGCAGACUCGUCCCAUGUCCGAGGAGCUGAGCAACCUUGUUUUGCGUGAGUGCAAGGCCGAGCUGUUCUCGGACUGUGAUCUUGUCUUCUCUGGACUGAACAGUGACAUCGCUGGCGAGACCGAGAUGGCCUUUAUCAAGGCAGAGAUACCUGUGUUCUCUAACGCAAAGAACUACCGCAAGGAUCCUAUGGUCCCUCUGGUUGUCCCCACUGUCAACCCCCAGCAUUUGGACCUGAUCCCUCACCAGCGCAAGCAGUACGGCCUUAAGAAGGGUUUCCUAGUCUGCAACUCUAACUGUGCCGUCAUUGGCAUUGUCAUCCCCUUCGCAGCUCUCCAGGCCAAGUUCGGCCCCGUUGAGGAAGUCGAGGUCUUCACUGAGCAGGCCGUCUCAGGAGCCGGCUACCCCGGUGUUCCUACCAUGGACAUCCUGGACAACGUCAUCCCUUACAUCAGUGGUGAGGAGGACAAGCUGGAGAACGAGGCCCAGAAGAUCCUGGGUUCAUUGAACGCCAGUGCUACCGGUUUCGACGAGCAGUCUGGUCUCCGCAUCGGUGCCACUUGCACCCGUGUUGGUGUCACUGACGGCCACAUGGCCUUCGUUUCCCUCCGUUUCAAGAACCGUGAGACCCCCAGCGCAGAGCAGGUUGUUGAGGCCCUGCGGGAUUACCAGUCCGAGGCCCAGAAGUUGGGUGCUCCAUCCGCACCGCAGCCCGCUAUCAAGGUUUUUGAUGAGCCCGACCGCCCCCAGCCCAGACUUGACCGUGACAUCUCCGGUGGCUAUACCGUCAGCGUUGGCCGCGUCCGUGAGGGCGCCAAGGGUGGCCACUUUGAUAUCCGAUUUGCGGCUCUCUCUCACAACACCGUUAUCGGAGCUGCUGGUUCAUCUAUCCUCAACGCCGAGGUUGCUGUUAUCAAGGGCUACAUUUAAAGAUGAUACGAAAAGUGGAAUUAUCAGCGCAUGUCAAAUAGAUACAACUUUGGUACAAACAAAAGUUCGAUUGAUCGCAUCCCAAAUAGGAAGGGGCCAACCAG